AUGACCACUUACCUCCGCAACAACGCUAUCACUCAAGAAAUCGAACUCAUUUCAAGAAGACGCCCCGAGUCGGUUCUGUACGGGGUUUGGACCGCAAUUCUAGCGCUACAGUUCCCUAUUACCCGGGGAUAUGUCACGCGUCCCCAAGAUCAGCAUACGUCCCAGGGUGGCCAGCGCGGGUUUUCUGAUCUACACAUUUUUCAGUACGCUGGCAAUGCGACCCAAGCAAACAAAUUUCUUAUGGUGCAGUGCAAGACGGCCGGUACUGAGACUCGUACUGCUAUUUGGGACGACGCCGUCGACCAGUUAAGCCGAUACUUGAGCAGCUCACACGGUACUCGUCGACGCGCAGAUCGCACCCCUGUGUAUGGAAUAGCUGCUAUCGGCAGAUGCAUACGCGUUUACAAAUACGACGAUGUGAACCGGCAAGUUCUCGACUGGGCACCAAGGGGAAUGACACGGGGCGCAAUUUGGGAUGUGAAGGAUCAUGCCCGGCAAGUACAGCGUAUUUUGGAUCACAUACUCGACAAUCACUAG